AUGGGCAAGGAGCAAGUGGAUGAAUUAGACAAAGCCACUGAGGAAAAUCAAGUUAAUUCAUCAGAUAGUCCACAGGUGAAAGCAACUGCUCCUGUCAAAGCAUAUGUUCCUCCAAUCCCAUUUCCACAGAGAUUGCAAAAACAUAAGCUCGACAAGCAAUUCCAGAAAAUUUUGGAUGUGUUCAAGAAGCUGCACAUUAACAUACCAUUUGUUGAAACUUUAGCUCAAAUGCCCAGCUACGCCAAGUUCAUGAAAGAUAUUCUAUCAAAUAAGAGAAAACUAGAAGAUAAUGAAACAGUCAUGCUUACUGAGGAAUGUAACACAAUUCUCCAACACAAAUUACCACCGAAACUAAAAGACCCAGGGAGUUUUACUAUUUCUUGUCACAUUGGUUUGAGGGAAGCAAAAUCGACUACAGUUUCACUGCAAUUGGCUGACAGGUCGAUCAAACACCCUCGUGGUAUUUGUGAAGAUAUUUUGGUGAAAGUUGACAAGUUUAUCUUCCCAACGGACUUCAUUAUUUUGGAUAUAGAAAAAGAUAGAGACGUCCGCCUCAUAUUGGAUUGUCCAUUUUUGGCUACGGGAAGAGCUCUGAUAGAUGUGCAAAAGUCAGUUGAUAUUGAGGAUAAAUGA